CUUCUUCCCUCCCUUCUCCCUUCUCCCCUUCCUCCUCACCUUAUUCUGUUGACGAAGGAGAGGAGCGCGCGUUUCCCUUUGGCGUGCAGUUUCCCCCCUCUCACCGCACUGUUCCGCAUCGAACAACGACGACGACGAGAACGCCGCGGCAUGGCUCUAGCCAUCCCCACUCUUACGGAAUUUCUAGCCACCCCCACUUUACUCUUAGUUACUCCGUGCAGCCACCGUCGUCCCGGUCGUCGUCGCGCCAGUCGCAUGAGAACCUUCGUGGGGAAAAGGGGUAUUUUUUUUUAGUGCGCAGAGUUUGCCUUUUUCCUUACUUCAUACUGCCAUUAGUCUAUAUAUAUAUAUAUUUAAAUAUAUAUAUAUAUAUAUAUUUUAAGAUAAUAUAAUAAUAUAAUAUAUAUAUAUAUAUAUACGUGCGUGUGCGUGUGUGAGUGUGUAUCAUCAGUUUAUAAAUCAUACAACAUUUCUAUAUAUGAUCAAUCGAGAAAGAGAGAAAUAGAUAGUAUAGUGUCACGUUUUCAUUGGGAAAUCUUCUUGAUAACAAAGCCAAGCAGUGUGUGUAGUCAAAGAAGAAGAAGAAAAGAAAAAAAAGAAAAAAAAAGGGAAAAAAAAAAAAUAAAAUACAUAAAGAGAAAAAAUGUACAGCAAUAUUGGCGCAGCAUGUGCGUCGUGGUAACGGAAACCGCGAGUGUUCAUAAUUAGUGUUGUAUAGUGAUGUUUGCUGCUAUGUUGAUAAUGGUGUUAAAAUGAUAUUAGUAUUGUCAUAACGAGUAAGAUUGUGUUCAACAGAAGAAAUAAAGAGAGAAAGAAGAGUAAGGAAGAAAGAAAAAUAAAAGAGAAGAAGAGAGUGUCAUCGUUCCUCGUUGGUCUCUUUGUCAUUAUUAUCGUAUGAACGAACAUAGGUGUUCUCUUGAGCGUGGUAUUAAAACCGUAAACGCGGCGUCGUUCUUGGGAUCGACGCCCUGCGUCCGUCCGUCCGUCUGUCUGCCUGUCUGUCCAUCGAUAGGUCGCGAAUUGUGCUCGUGUGGAUGAUGGAUGAUUGAGAGUGAUGAUGUCUAACUACUAAGUGUCAAACUGUUGCCACCUGCCUUCUCUUUUCGAAUAUUCUUUUUCUUUUCUCAUGCGUGCUUUAUUUUUCUUCAUAACUUUGUGAUCAUCAUCGCAACCCACACGACCAAAUAUUGGAUUAAGAUCUUCCAUUAUCUGCUUACGGAUCAAUUUCAAUGGGCGGUGAAAGCUUUUCAGCAGGUGUUAUGGGUGGAACCAAGUUUUCCACGAGCCUGCGAGGUUCACCUACGGCUUGGCUUAAUGUUGAAGGUCCAUGCUGAUUUCGACGCCGCUUUGAAGCACCUGACCUUAGCUUUGAUCGAUGCAACAACACCUGCUUCCUUCUCCAAACUCGAAAUUAAAUUUCAUAUCGCUCACCUGUACGAAGUUCAAGGGAGUUAUCGACUGGCAAAGGACCAUUACGAAGCUUUACUCAAAGAAAAAGCUUUGCCGUCGCAUUUAAAGGCCGACAUUUGUCGUCAGUUAGGAUGGAUGUACCAUGUUGUUGAUUGUUCCACAUUAGGAGUAACUAAACAACACAAACAAGCUAUAUCUAUUCAUUGUUUACAAAAGUCUAUUGAAGCUGAGCCUAAAAGCGGACAGAGUCUUUAUCUUCUUGGACGGUGUCUUGCUGCAUCGGGAAAAGUUCAUGAUGCGUUCAUUGCUUAUAGUAAUCUUCUAUACCUUUGUAGAAAUUCCGUGGAAAAAUCAGAAGGAAACGCUGAUACCUGGUGCAGUAUAGGUGUUUUAUACCAGCAACAGAAUCAGCCUAUGGAUGCACUACAAGCCUACAUAUGUGCUGUACAAUUAGAUAAAUCGCAUUCAGCUGCCUGGACGAAUUUGGGAAUUUUAUAUGAGAGCGUUAGCCAACCGAAAGACGCGUUAGCUUGUUACGUCAACGCCUCUAGGGGAAACAACAAUACUCCUAAUUGUACGGGUUCACUGGUUGGGCUGGGUGGUGCUAAGUCUGGUGGCAACACUCCGAUGAACCCAUCUCUACAACAACGAAUAAACUUUUUGCAAAGUAAUCUAAGUCAAGCACCAAUGCCCUCUGUUGCUGCCAAGCGGCGGCAAUUGCCGUCGAUAGAAGAAGCUUGGAAUUUGCCGAUAAGCGCUGAAAUGUCUAGUAGGCAACAGCAACAACAACAACAACAACCACCUGGUGGUCCAGGAUAUAAAUAUGGUGGAGCUCCGUCCGGACCACCACCGCCUUAUCCUCAAACCCAAGGUCAAAAUUUAGGUGGAAAAAGGUUUAAGCCUGGAGAGGAUUCAAUUUCGCCUCCUUCUCCACAAAGACCUCCACCAUUUUAUUUAUCGAUGCAACAAUUACAUAUGCUGCAAUUUCUACAACAAAAUCAAAGUAGUUUAACCUCACAACAGCAGGGCUUACUCGUGCACCUUCAGCAUCAAUAUAGAGUGAUGCAACAGCAUCAACAACAAAUCAGAUUGCAACAGCAACAAGCUGCUCAGAGAGGACUUAGGCCAGGACAACCGGGAUAUCCCACCGUCUAUUCUCAUGGACAGCCGUCAGGACAACCUGGUGUUAUCAAAAAUUAUGGCAUUCCUCAGCAACCGUUGCAACAAGGAGGAACCGUAGCUUUGCAAACAGGGUUUUCCGAUUCAAAUGUAGGCUACAAUAGUGUCGCGACGGGAAACACGCAAACUCCUGGGAUGCCUUACAAAUCUGCUUCGGAUCCUAAUUACCCUCAAAGACAAUUAACUCACAGUGGUCAAUUCAAUCAGUAUCAAUCGAACCAAUAUGCAGCUCAAGGCUAUGCUCAGAUCUCUUCGACGACGAGUAGUUAUCCCGAAGGUUCGGCAGGAAAUAAGGAUUUAGGUGUUACGGAUCAAGAAUUACAAGCCUUGUUGUCUCAGAAAGAUUUGGCCACGUCAUUGGCAGAAGACUUGUUAAAACAUUUUGGAUCUGAAGAUUUGGAUGUCAAAGAGGAACCACCUGGUAUCAUGAACAAUGGUACCUUGAGUUCCGGUCCAUUUUCCCCAUCAAAUAUGGAAGAAAAUCCUGGUAAGAUAAAGGAAGUCAAACUGGAAAAGAUGGAUGAAGUUCAACCAUCAUCUACCUCCAAUAUAGAUAUGUUCGAUAAAAAUGAGUCUAAAGCUUCUAAUGCAGUCGUAGAAACUAUUAAAUGUGAGGCAACUUCUAGUACAAAUAAAAGUGAAUCUUUAUUAACAAGAACAGAACCUGUUUUGAAAUUAGAGAGUUUGUGUGAGUCACAACCGGAACAAGAAUUAAGCAUAGAAAUGGAUUCUAAAACUGUCGUCGAAAUGUGUAAGGGCCAAGGAUUAAAAGGAGUUCCAAAUUGUUCUAUUUUGAGUGAUCGUUCACCUCCACCGGCACCGCCGGACCCUCCUAGUCAAAGAUUGACCAAGGAACAACUCUUACCGCCUACGCCUAGUGUCUAUUUAGAAAAUAAGAAGGAUGCAUUCAGUCCGCAAUUGCAAGAAUUUUGUCUCAAACAUCCUAUAGCUGUAAUACGUGGUUUGGCGGCUGCUCUUAAAUUGGAUUUGGGUCUUUUCUCGACUAAAACAUUAGUAGAAGCUAAUCCCGAUCAUGGUAUCGAAGUUAGAACACAAGUCCAACAGACGAGCGAUGAGAAUUGGGAUCCGGUAGUGGGGAAAAAAGUUUGGGGUUGUAUUAGUCAUCGAAGUCAUACAACUAUAGCUAAAUAUGCUCAAUAUCAAGCUUCGAGUUUUCAAGAGAGUUUGAAGGAAGAACGCGACAAGUCUCAGGGUAUACAUACAUCGAACUUAUCGGAUUCAGAUUCGAAAGAUAGCACUGGCGCUGUUAGGCGAAAGAAAAAUGCAUUUGGCCUCUCCGGCCGCCCAGGUUCGAAAAUGUUACGUUUUGGGACCAAUGUUGACUUGUCCGACGAAAGAAAGUGGAAAACUCAAUUACAAGAACUCAUUAAGUUACCUGCUUUUGCCAGAGUUGUCUCAGCUGGCAACAUGCUCAGUCAUGUUGGUCAUGUUAUAUUGGGAAUGAAUACCGUGCAAUUAUACAUGAAGGUUCCUGGUAGUAGAACACCUGGACAUCAAGAAAAUAAUAAUUUCUGUUCAAUAAAUAUUAAUAUCGGACCAGGCGAUUGUGAAUGGUUUGCAGUACCUGAUGCUUAUUGGGGUGUCAUUUGUUCCCUAUGCGAACGUAAUAAUAUCAAUUACCUUCACGGUAGUUGGUGGCCUUCGCUAGAAGACUUAUAUGAAGAAAACAUUCCUGUUUAUAGGUUUUUGCAAAGACCAGGAGAUCUCGUUUGGGUCAAUGCUGGUUGUGUACAUUGGGUGCAAGCAGUAGGUUGGUGUAAUAAUAUUGCUUGGAAUGUAGGACCUUUAACUGCUCGUCAAUAUCAGCUGGCUAUAGAACGUUAUGAAUGGAACAAAUUACAAUCCUUCAAAUCGAUAGUGCCAAUGGUCCACCUAUCUUGGAAUUUAGCUAGGAACAUUAAAGUAUCGGAUCCAAGGCUCUUCGAACUGAUUAAAAAUUGUCUCUUAAGGACAAUGAGACAGUGUUGUUUAAUAUUAGAAUUUGUAAAAAGCAAAGGCGUGGAAGUUCGAUUUCAUGGACGUGGAAAGAAUGAAGCAUCCCAUUAUUGUGGACAAUGCGAGAUUGAAGUUUUUAAUAUUUUAUUUAUACGUGAACAAGAGAAACGUCAUGUCGUUCAUUGUAUGGAUUGUGCGCGCAAACAGGCACCUUCGUUGGAAGGAUUCGUUUGUUUGGAAGAAUAUAGAAUGCGAGAUUUAAUGGACGUUUACGAUGGAUUUACUUUACACACGUCAUUAAAUGCUCCCUCGUUAUCAGGACAGACUAACCAAUCCUCCUGAGGUUACAUGCAACACAGAUAUUUGGACUUCUUAGGCACUUUACAGUGACUUUGAUAGUACAAUGUCUGUGUCUAACAUAUAUAUAUAUAAUUAAUCUAAUUAUUAAUAAUAAAUUUGUUAGUAAUCACGACGUACCUGAGAGCUAAGAAAAAAAAAGUAAAAAUAGCGACAACGACUACAACGAUGAUACAUAAAUAUAAAUAUCAAUCAUGAUAAAAAAUGGAAGAUAAUCUUUACCACGAAUAAGUAAUAGUUUUGUCUUUUUAAUCUUUCUUUAUUAU